AUGAUCUUUUUCUUCUAUCAGCAGAACCAGAAAAAGGAACCGGAUCAACCAGAGGAGAGAGACGCUGGAUCUGACCCACAAACAGAGAAACUGCAGGUUUUUUCACCUCACAUCUCAGGAAACUCCUAUGAGAAUACAGAUGGCUUCUGCUCUGAAACAUCUGAUCGCAGAGCUAGCGCUACCAGAGAAGUGUCAGAGGUGGAAGCGUGUCCCUCUGAGUCCAAGCAGUGGGACCUCAGAGGACUGCAACACUCAGAUCAUGAAGACCUGACAUCUUCUCAGGAAUCAACAAAAGAAGGCAGCUUUUCAGAGAGAAACACGAGGGAAUCCACUCUGAUGGAGAGGGGACGAGCGACUCAUCCAGUGUCUGCAGUGGAAAGAGAGAGAACGAUGCGCAACCUGGUGGACAUGCAAAGACGGUUCGAAGAGAAGCAUCAAAGAGACAAAGAGAGACAGUUUCUGAGGGUUCAAGAGCGACUGGCGAUUAUUCAGAACAGGAAGGCAGAAGAAGAUCUGCUGGGCCUGAAGAAUACAGACCGACUAAUCCAUCUCACUCAGGACCUACCCAUGGAAGACAAAAACCAGCAGAAGACCGUUGUUAGAGAGAGGCUGGAGCAGCUCAGAAGAGAGCGCUCUUACAUCAUGCAGUCCAGGCGAAACAGGAAUACGAUGGGAUUUAAGGAACUCUUGGCUCCAGUUCAACUGCACAGCAGUGAGACAGAAGAUGGAACAAACUGAGAGGCUACAACUGCCUUUAUUUGGCUCUAAAACAUCUUUGUCCUGAUAUUUUCAGUUAGAAAUUAUUUUCUAUCAUUUGUGUGACAUGUUAAUGUUUAUUUUGAACCCAGUUAUUUUCCUUUUAUGAUAAUUUAAUAUAUAGUGUUCAUUCGUUUCUUCAGGCAUUCUGAAUGUCUUUCAAGAAUACUUUUAUUCCCUUUCAGUCCAGUUAUUUCACCUGGCCAUUGGGGGUUUCGGAAAAAAAUUGGACAGUUAAAGUGUCAGGCCUUUAAAAGAAACCUAAUUCCCUGUAUAAGUCAUGUCUCCCGCUCUGAUAGAGCGCUAAAAGCAGCCAAAGUCCAACCAGACCUUCAGAAAGAACUAAAACUGCCAACUUAAAAAUGACUACAAAUUCUGCUUCUGUAAAAGACAAAGGAAAGAGAAACCAAUACAUUGUCAAUAUACAUUUUAAUUACCAUUUUGACAAACAUAAGCAUCAACAGUAAUGUAAUUAAUAACUCCUUUAAGUGUGUGUAGAUAGUUAUCCCCAGAGGUCAAUCACACAAUGAACCAGAGGCCUAUGUGAAGAUUUUACAGAAGCUCCAUUAAUCUUCCUUGAUGUGAACAGAACAAUUAUGUUGCUCACUUGUGUAAAAGGUUGUGACAACAGAACACCACUGCUGUAAACACUGAGUGCACCUAUGGAACAGGACUUGUAUUUAUUUACAGGCAUAUUAGGCUGAGAAGAAAGAACAUUAGA